GCUGAAUCUGAAGCCUGAGUUCACCUGGGCACCACCUGGACCGAACUCUAUGACUCUGCUGAGAGAUUUGUGGGACCUGACAACUCUUGCGGCCUGCUAACUAACCUGAAGCGAAGAGCCAGUCCGGUCUCCCGCCUAGUUUACAUAUCGACGACAAUUUGGGCCACGCUUCUCCCCCCUCUGGGCCAGUGGGGGUUAUCCCGGUCCCCACGGAGUACCUGCCUAUGAACAACCUGGUGCGGGGUGAUAAUCAAUACCAAGCAUCUGAAUCUACGGACACGAAUGCUCGCAGCAAUGAUGGCCACCACACGGACACCUGAUCUCUGGGCCCCCCCAUGUGGAUCACAUAUCCACGGGCACAAUUCUGGGCGAAGCUUGCUGAACAGACACAGAUAUGGGCAAUCGUGGAUCCCUCCCGACACAGAAAACGCCGUCCUGCUACCAGCCGACCCUUACCUGGAACUCUGUUCACGAGGGUGAGUACGUCCACACAUAUCUCUCAGCCUCGGAUAUUGAGUACCCCAUGGAGGCACCGGCGAAAACUCUCAGGGAUCCAGCCCAGACCACCCACAGCACUCACACACAGUCAGCCCUGGCGCACGUCCAAAGGGAAAGAAGCAAACAACACUCCCGGAGCAGAAAGCGUUCAUCACUAUCAACACGAACAGCGCACACAGCUACAAUCUAGCACUGGGAUCCCAGACCUGCCAGAGAUACUGAGGGAAAUCCUGAUUGUGGAAUAUGGCAUGGCCCUCCGACUCACCUCGAGGCUCAAAGACCUGUGGUAUACCCACAGACGGUAUCGGCUGAACGGUGUGGCCAUCCAACCCACCCUUUAAGCAUUGCAUUUGUAGGGGAAAUCAAUGCUUGCUGCCCCUUUGAGUUUUACAGGUUUUUGGGUACUCUACAGCACAUCACUUACCUUACCCGAAUUAUAACCAGCAACUCUGAAUCUCCUACGAGCAUUGUAUUCUACUUUGCUGUUUAUCCCAUUGCAUGCACCAAUGCACAUUCCUGAUACAUUAGUUUAUUACUUGGUUUUUACUACCUUGUCACUCCUAUUACACUGCAGCUCAAAAUCUGGAGAAUAUAACCAGAAUCCACAACCACUCUAGUGUGCUAUUACUAAAUGUGUGUCUGCCAAACACUACGAUGCAUAAAUCCCUGUAUGGCUUACACUUAGGCUGCACCUACUAAUUAGCAAUUUGUAUUGAUGAUCUACCUACUAGCACAGCCAUAAACGAUUUAUCAGCCAUACUUUCUACUCACCUGCACCUGGCAAUAUCCCAGUGUUUGAUGUCCUGCCUGAAAACUCCUUGGUUCACAGCCUGUGUUCAGUUAAACAUGUAUAGCCUGUCAUUAAGUAUGUUUUAUAAUACUGAAGCACUGCCAGUUCGUGUAUCCAGACUGUUGUUACUUGUAUCCAUACUGAUAGAUUUACCAUUCUGUUUAAUGUUCAGCUUGAUUUUACUUUUAAAAAUUGUGCAGUUACUUCAUAUACCAUGUCAAAGCUAUAUCUAACCUGUAACCUGAAUUGCUUGCCAAUACUGUUGUGG